AAAGCCAAGCAGAGAACCAAAUUUGGAAAUGUAUUGAUUUACAUUAAAGGUCAUCAAACAUGAGUAACGGAUCUUCUGAGCCAAGAAAAGCCACCGACCCCUUUGGGAAUCAGUCUCUGAACAGGGCUGAAGAUCCUGGGACAGUGAAAAGCCCAGAACAACUAGAAAACAGGCUGACCAGCCAUGAUUUUAUGAAAAUGCAAGCUCUUUUCAAGUGCCCGGAAUCAAAUGAGAACAUGCGAAUGUUGACUAGAGAGGAAUUCAUAGAUAAAAUGUGCACAGCAGUUAGACAAGGGAGCAAGGAAGAAUAUGGCAAACUGUUUGAUAAGAUAGACUUGAUCCGAGAUGGCGUCAUUGACUGGGACAAACUGACCUCCUUCAUGCUACUCGAGUUGUGUGAGAGAGAUGAACGAACAAAACAAUCCAUCAUCCCCCAGUGGAAGGACCUCCGGCUUCUCCCAUCGAUUCAUAAGGAUGCUGUUCAAAAGAUCACCUGUUUGAAAAGCCCCAGCAGCUACCUGACUGUCAGCAGGAGGGGACUGCUUAGCCUCUGGGGAGAGAGCUUAAAAUUACAGAGGACUCUUCAGAUCACUAUGGAAACUGUCAAGCCGAAGGACCUCUGGGUGACUUCUCUUGUCACACUCCCAAAUGUGAACAAGGUAGCUGUUGCAUUUACAAGCAAAGAGAUCCAUUUUGCUGAGCUGAAUUCGAAACAAGGAUUCUCAUGCCAGUACAGACUUCAGGGCUUGGAGGGGACGGUGAUAUGCAUGGACUACUGGUACAAUCCUCAUGAUGGAAAUGAUGCCAUUCUGACCAUGGGUGAUGUCUGUGGGCAGGUUCAAGCAAUUGCCUUCAAUGCAGCCCUGAUCUCAUUGUUUGAACGACCUUGCAGUUCCCCUGAAGAUGAAAAUGUGACAAUGACGAUUAAUUGGCAAGAGCUGGUCUCCGGAUAUCACAAAUGCUGCUAUACGUUAAGGCACAGGCUGCAUGAUAAAGAAUGGGUUAAACAAGUUGCAUACAGCUCCUCUUUGGAUGUCUUUAUUUCUGUUACGACCAGUAGUGUAAACACUGUGGUGCUAGCUUGGAGAGAAAAGUUAACUCCUCAUCUUACAAUGACAACUUUCCGUGUUGACCAAGGAGUCAAUGCUUUUGACUUCCAUCCUAGGCUCAACUUGAUAGCGACUGCUGGAAUAAACCGUCGUGUCUGCCUUUGGAAUCCUUACGUCACAUCUAAACCUGCUGGAGUCCUGGAGGGCCAUUCAGACAGUGUAACAGCUGUCCAGUUCAUCACUGAGCGCAAACUGCUGUUCAGCUUUGCUAAGGAUAAGGUUUUAAGGAUCUGGGACAUUCAGCACCAACUCUGUGUGCAGAGGAUUGCUGGGUCCUUCCCCAAAAGCCUAGACUUCCAUUCUGUGCUUUACUUUGAUGAAUCCCACGGCCGCCUUUUCAUCUCCUUUAACAACCAGUUGACACUGUUGGAAAUGGAGCAAGAUCCAGGCAAAAGCAGAGUCACAAGUCACAGAAGGGCAGUGACUUGCAUUCUUUAUAAUUCUAUAUACAAUCAGGUAAUCAGCUCGGAUGCAGGAUCUACUGUUAUCUUUUGGCUGAUUGAUACUGGGCAGAAAAUCAAAGAGUUUACGGGUUGCCAUGGCAAUGCUGAGAUCAGUACUAUGGCUCUUGAUGGGACUCAGACCAGGCUCUUCACUGGGAGCACAGAUGGAACUGUGAAGGUUUGGGACUUCAAUGGACACUGUCACCAUAAACUCAAUGCUGGAAGAGACAGAAUGGUUGACAUCUCCCAGAUCUUGGUGCUAAGCUGGACUGUAUUAGUGUUUGGCUGGGACAGGAUGAUUACUGUCUUCCGCUUGAGCAACUUCACUCAGUUUUUUGUUCAGCCGUCGGAAUGGAAAGGAGGCGUUCAGCACCAGGAUGAUAUCUUAUGUGCCACAUUUUUACUGCCACAGACUCUAGUGACAGGGAGUUCUGGGGGUGAAAUUGUGGUGUGGAAUAAUGGUACAGAAAAUGCCUGCACCAAGCUUCACUUGAAUCCUGGAAGAUCACUGAAGUCCAACUCAGGUGCUCGGAUGCAAGGGAAUGCAGCUUCUGCCUGCAGCCUGUUCCCUAGAAGACCCAUGCUAUCUGCACUGGACAGUUGUAAUGUGGAUGCAGAGAACUGCUGUGCUGUUACUGGGCUUUUCUUCUUGGAGACCAGGAAUAUUUCAGCAACAGGAGGAGCAAACCUGGUAUCUUGUGGAGGAUCUGGCUAUGUCCAGUUUUGGAAUACACAGAGAGGCAGGCUGCUGGCAGAGUUUGAGGCUCACAGUGGAGUGGGGUCCAUUAUCAUGGCUGUUGAUGAAAGAAGCCAGUACCUUGUUACAGGGGAUCUGGUUGGAUGGGUGAAGAUAUGGAACAUAGAGGAUUUUUGCCUUAUUUGGGGAGAAAAUGUAGUAACUCAACCGCCCACUAUGAUCAGUUCAUUUCAAGCGCAUGAUGACCGCAUCACUUGUCUGGAGACCUGCAGACAAAAUAACUGCCUUUUCAUCUUGUCAGCCUCGACAGACUGCAGGAUUGUUCUCACUGACGUUUCUGGCAUUCCAUGUGGAAUAUUUGGACAGGAAGGACAUUGGAGAAUUGGAAGUUAUGUCCAGUCCUUCCCCAAUGCAGAAAACAAGCCCCAAACAAAGGAGAAGAGUAACAUUAAAAAGGACAAUUUUGUGCCCUCUCUCAAAGAUGAUCUUCCCUCUAAUCCUCUGGAACAAGUUGCACCUGUUUUAGAGGAUAAAGAUGACUCUGUAUUCAUGGUGAAUAUAUGGAAUAACACAAUACUGGGAAAAAGUUACAGAGAGAGAAAAACACAGAAAGGUAGAAAAUUUACCCUCUUCAAUCGAAUUGCUGGGAUAAAACCAACAGUUGUAUUUAGGUCAUUAAAGAUUGAAGCCCUGAAGGAGACGACAGAUAUGAAUGAGCUUGACAUUCUUGUGCACCCUGACAAAUACUUUGGGGAAAAGUCAGCAGAGAAGUGUUCUGAAGAUUUAAAGCUGCCUACCCUUUCAGCAAGCCUGAAAGCUGCAUUUGAUGAAAAGAACUUAUUUCCCAAAGAAAUUCUGGACCGUGAAAAAAAAGCAAGGCAGUUGUGUGAGGAAAUAUGUCCCAAAGGGAGGAUAACAAAUGAAAGAAACCAAGGGAAGUUGAAAGGAAAGUGAAUUGGAAUUGGCUUCAAAAGGAAGCAGGUCUCGAAGAUGGAUGCCGAUACUGCAGGUGCAAAUGCUUGAGUAUGUCUGCCCGAUAUGUCAUUGUGACUUAUUUGUGUGCUUGAGAAAAAGCACACAAGAAUCAGAACUUACUUAAUGUUUUGUGUCCUAAUGAAAAUUCAUUAAAGAUGUUUAUGCCUUU